AUGCCAUCAGAUGACAAAGAAAGAAAGAGUGACAUGGAGCAUCUGGGUGUCUUUAAAGAGAUGAGUUACAUCUGUAUGGGAGACAAGUACACUUAACCCACUAACCAUCCAUUCAAUGAGUUGACCUAUCGUAGCCGGCAGAUGCAGGCAGGCAUUCCUGGACAACAAUGUGCCCCUCAGAGCUUUUUUUUUGACAAGCCCUUCAAACGGAUUUGUGACCGUUAUGCAUUAAGUGACCUGCAGAGACUGGCCCAAAAACACCACAUCCAGCAGGCCAAGAAGAACCUAGGCAAGGUCUUCCUUCCCUGUAACGCUGUCAAGAAGCUCUGUAUGCCAUCAGCUGUAACUCUGUCAGGGCUAGUUGAAGCCAUGAGUCCUCUGUCAGUCGCCUGGAAAGCCCAUUGCCCAACUGGACGCAACAUCAUCACCUCACCUCCCAAGAAAGGCUUUGGUCACAGCUAUCCCAAUGUAACACUGUCCAAAACUGAGCUGUAUGCCUCAGACCCCUAUGCAAGAGAAAUGAAAAAGGAGGCAGUGAUCCAUCACUCCAAGUUAAGAGAUGGUCCCUUCAAUCUCAACCUUCACCCCAGAGAUUAUUUCCAAUGCAAUCCAUACCACAGUGAAAAGGCACUCUCACCAGCACAUAAGCCUCUCCUACCUGCACAGAAAGUCUCUCCUAUUCUCUUUAAAAACCUGUUCCCCAGCAGACGUAUCAAAAGAAUGAAAGCAGGGACCUGACAUUCUGCUGAUCCAUUCAUCAUUCGCCAUUCCAACUGACCAAAUGAACCCAUCUUUUGCCCAGCUCCUGCUCCUAAAAGCACACUGAGUAUCAUCACUGUCAGUCACUAA